AAUAGUAACUUAAAAAUCUGUUGCAACCAGCACUUUCCUAGAGAUUUGUAUGUUUGAACUUAAAAACACAAUUUUGAUGCGGUAGAUGUGGCUGAAAGGACAUUGUUUUGAUGGGUGCAUUUCUAGACAAACCAAAGACUGAAAAACUGACAAAGUCUGCGUCGGGAAAUGGACUUCGCUAUGGGCUGGCGUCUAUGCAAGGCUGGCGUAUUGAAAUGGAAGAUGCUCACACUGAUAUCACUGGCUUGAACCCGGAGCUUCAAGAAUGGUCAUUUUUUGGCAUUUUUGACGGCCAUGCAGGCUCAAAUGCGAGUCUUUAUUGUGCAGAGAAUCUCCUAGGGUGUGUUUUAUCGAGCGAUGAUUUUAAAUCGGCACUAAAAAACGGGCCAUCUUCGCCUGACUUGGAGCAGCUUAAAAGCGGGAUAAGGAUGGGAUUUUUUGAGCUGGACAAAACGAUGCGAGAACGCCCAGCCUGGAUAAACGGGGAUGACAAAAGUGGUACUACAGCCGUAACAAUCAUGAUUACCCCUAAGCAAUUUAUCUUUGCCAACUGUGGAGACUCUAGGGCUAUUUUAUGUAGCAACGAGAAAGUGACUUUCCAUACAGUCGAUCACAAGCCAUCCAACCCAGACGAGAAAAAUCGCAUUGAGAGGGCUGGGGGUAGUGUUAUGAUCCAAAGGGUAAACGGCUCUUUGGCAGUUUCUAGGGCUUUAGGAGAUUUCGAGUACAAGAUGGAUAGAGUUUUAGAUGCGGAUAAACAACUAGUUUCGCCAGAGCCGGAGAUUUCGGUGAUUUCAAGACAAGAUGAUGUGGAUGAGUUUAUCGUGGUCGGCUGCGAUGGUAUCUGGGAUGUGAUGACUAACGAAGAAGUAGGAGAUUACGUUCGCUCAAGAAUGCUUCUUUCUGACGAUUUAGAACUAAUUUGCAGCGAGCUCCUCGACACCUGUCUAGCAAAGGGAAGUCGUGAUAACAUGAGUGUGAUUUUGGUCACUUUCCCUGGAGCACCUCGAGUUUCUCAGGAUGCUAUUAAACAGGAAGCAGACCUUCAUGCUGACAUAGAGAAAAGAAUAGAAGUGAUACUCCAAGAAAACCCUGGUGGGGUUGAUUUGUAUUAUGCCAUGCAUUUAUUAUCCAGUGAGGACAUUCCAUCCUUGCCCCCAGGGGGAGGACUCCAGGCUAAGCAGAUUUUUGUUCAGAAGACAUUGGAAAAACUGUCAGCCAAACAGGAAAAUGAGGUAGAGUGAUGGACCUUAAAAGCCUGGCUGAAGACAGUGUUCCUGAAGUGUUUACCUUAACUUGUAAUAUGUUUGGUUACAAAUUGUGAAAUAGACCUUGGUGUGGUUUUAGAUAGAUUCAACAUCGUGUGUUUAUAUAACUUUUUGAGAAUAUAGAUUUGAUUAGUGUACCAAAUAAAAGCAACCAGUGAGUGAUGCCAUAACAUAUAUCCUUGCAUGGAAGCAUAAUUAUAUUCUCCUUACUAAACAAAAAUGUUUAUUGUGUGGGAGAGUAGUAUUGUAAUGUGUUGCUCUGGUUGUUUACUACUUUGAUUUUAUUCUUGUCAUGUCAACAUUUGGAAAGAAUUAAAAGGUUACUUGAUUCAUGAUUGGGUUAUGCAUCUUGGCUAAAAAUUGUAUUCCUGUUUUACAUGAAAGCCUGUUUUUUCUUCAUUAACCCUUUUACACCACAGAUCUGAUAGACAGAUCUGGCUGUAGGUGCUACUCAAUUGUAUGGUAAAAGGGAAAUUUAAUGUUACUUCUGUAAAUUUUCUUCACCUGUUUGCUGGAUAUUGUAUUGAUGACAUAUUAGUAUUGUAACUUCAAAGAACAAGUUGCAUGUUUCCUGUUUUUGGGAGUAAAAAUGGUUCAGUCAA